AGUCUCCAUUGAGCUUCCUUCCCACCCAUGACCCGGGAGCUCAGACGACCCUAAGCGAGUGCAUUUAACCAGGAGCUAGGUGUCACGUCCCCAGAAGGGUCCCGCCCCGCAGGUGCGCCCACCCACCAGUCGCAGGGCCAGCUCCCCAGGCUGUCCCGAGUCUGGUUAAUCAUUCAAUACCGGCCGGCGUGGAAUAUUUUUUUAGAGGUCAACGCGAAAGGUUCUCCCGAAGUUUCACAGAAACCAGUCUUUGGGGACCAGGAGGUAACAGUGCCAGCGGAUGGGAGUGAAAAGCGGCAGCCAGCGGCUCACAAACACCUGAUCUGCCCCUGCGGCACCCGAGACCAGCGCAGUGCGCGGGCGGGGCAGCACAGCGCCCGCGAUGCUCCCCCGCCGCCCAGGCCCCGCACCUCGUGCGCGGGGUGCAGCGCGGCUCAGGGUGUCGCUGCCCUCUCCCUGUGGGUGCAGGCAGGGCGGAGGCCGAGCAGGUGAGAAGGUCGGGAAAGAGGUGGAGACCCAGAGACUGGGGAGAAGGUGAGGAGGCUGUGAAGGAGGGGAGAAGAACCGCGAGGUGAGGAAGCCGGGCAGGAGGAACGGAGACCGGUGAGGAGAUCCGGGAGGUGAAGAGGCCAGGGAAAUGAUGUGCGGAGGCCAGGGAAGUGAGACUGGGGACGGUGAGGGGAACCCGAUGGAGCGGAUGCGCAGACACCGCAGGAGCCACGGAGGAGCGGCGAGCGCGGGGCGCCCACGCCGGCCGGAACUGGCGCGGCGGGGCGGCGGGGCGGGACGCAGGGCCGGUGCCCACCCACCCGGCCCUACCUUGUCUAGGGACACCUCCAGCUCGGCGGGGCGGGGCGGGAGACCGCGGCCGCAUCCACGUCCCAGCCGCGCUUGCGGCUCAGCCCCGCGACCGUCGCCGCUCUCGCUCCAUGCGCAAUGCGCGGACAAGCGGACGGCGGGGUCUGGGCGGCUCCGGUUCGUCCCAGCUCCAGCACUUGUUGCCGCGGCGGCCGCUGCGCCUCACUCCCGGCCCCGGCUCCGGCACCACCGCCGCCUGCCGCGUCCCUUCGGUCCCGCCCCUGCCCGAUUCUCCAAUCACACGCCGCGCCACUGCGCGCGUCACCGCCGGGACGGCCGCACUCCCGCCCCGUGGCCCAAGUUUGGGAAAGGCCGAACUCGAACCCUCCCGCCAGUUGGCGCCCGGGUCCCGCUGGGAUUGCGCCCCCGGGCCCUUCCCGAGCUCUUCGCCCCUCGCUACAGCGAGAAAACCCUUGGCUACACCGGAGCGCGCUGUCUCCAAAGUCUACACUGCCCCCGCCCCAGGAAGUAGCCUCCCCCAGAAAAACAGCAGAGACUUGAGUCCCAAACCCUGCUGAGAUCCGGGGUCUAAACUCCAGCUACCAGGGCCUGGUGCUUGGUGAGAUUGUUCCAGCCAGCGCUGACGCGUGGCUAAGCCUAGACGGCUCCAUGUGGCUGGUGAGAGGGCUCCACCAGGGGAGGGGAGGAGAGGGAAACCCAAAUGCACCUGACCUUUGCUCUCAGCGCUCACAGUACCGGCAGCUACCUAGAGAGAUGCUCAAGGCCUGAGGGUGGUGCCUGUUUGGCUUAGGACCUUCAGGUUGUGAAGCCAUCAAAGAUAGGAUGAGGUUUCCACCUGGUUCCACUCGCGUCUCAGGAAUGCAAGAUGCACGGGAGGCACUGGGUGCGGAGUCUGCUCCGCGAUUUCAGGAGUUGGGCUUAGCAAAACAUCAGAACGCUGAACCCCCGUGAUGUGGCGGGACUGGGCACCAACCACACCCAAGCACGGAUCACGCGGGACCCGGGACAUUCCCCCUCUAACCCAGCGCCUCCUCAGGCGCCCCAGAGCGCUACAUGCCAAGAAGGCUGUCAGAUGGAGUUAGUCCAAGGGAUGCCGUUGACUUUCGAGCGCUGGGGAUUGAAUUUCAGCCAGCUCGACCACGACUACGAAGUGCUUACUGGCAGCCGCAGAAAGAAGUGCGAGUUGUUUUGGAUGCGCGCAGAGCCACAUGUGUACGGUCUGCCAGAAGAGGAAUUCUGGGUCCGUGGCUCUGGAAAUGUUAAGAUUGGCAGUCUGCAGACCGAUCUAUUUUUAUAUUUGUCACAGCGUUCUACAAAAAUGACAACAACAACUUGGAUUUUUUUUCUAUUCACAAAAACCAUUAACCACUGUCACUCUGGGCAAGAAAGGAAGAGAAAUUGUAUACUUUUCUUGGUUCUGAGGGAUUUUUUUUCCACGAUUAUAUUAUAUUAUCGGAAAGCCAAUAAAAGAAGCAAAUUAG